UAUCCUUUGUCUGACUCCUCAUCUGUGAAGAUGUCCCAAUCUUCGCCGGCCGAUGAAGGGACUACAUUUGAACAUCUCUGGAGUACCCUAGAACCGGAUGGUACGUAUUUUGACCUGCCUCAAUCAAGCCAUUCAAAUAAUGGUGAAGUCUCCAGUCGAAGGGAAGUCAAUAUGGAUAUUUACCAAAUGAGGAACAUGAAUGAACCAAUCAUGUCCCAGUUUAAUUUGCUGAACAACACCAUGGAUCAGAGCAUCGGAAGCCGAGCGGCCUCUACUAGCCCUUACAACCCAGAACAUACCUCGAAUGUCCCUACGCAUUCCCCCUACUCGCAUCCCAACUCGACCUUUGAUGCCAUGUCUCCUGCUCCUGUCAUCCCAUCAAAUACAGACUAUCCAGGAACACACAGCUUUGAAGUGACAUUCCAACAAUCUAGCACAGCGAAGUCCGCUACAUGGACAUAUUCUCCUCUGUUGAAGAAGCUCUACUGCCAGAUUGCAAAAACAUGCCCCAUUCAGAUCAAAGUAUCCACCCAUCCUCCACCUGGCACAGUUAUUCGGGCAAUGCCAGUUUAUAAGAAAGCAGAACAUGUUACAGAAGUGGUGAAACGGUGUCCUAACCAUGAACUGGGACGGGACUUUAAUGACGGCCAGGCAGCACCAGCAAGCCAUCUUAUACGUGUCGAAGGCAAUAAUUUAUCUCAAUACGUGGAUGAUCCAGUUACUGGGAGACAAAGUGUUAUGGUACCAUAUGAACCGCCACAGGUUGGCACAGAGUUCACCACUAUCCUAUAUAACUUUAUGUGCAAUAGCAGCUGUGUUGGAGGAAUGAACAGGCGCCCCAUUCUGAUCAUCAUUACACUAGAGACAAGAGACGGGCAAGUAUUGGGCAGAAGGUCAUUUGAAGGUCGUAUCUGUGCCUGUCCUGGCAGAGACCGAAAGGCUGAUGAAGAUCACUUUCGGGAACAGGCGGCUUUAAAUGAGACAGCUGUAAAAAAUGGAAAUGCAAAUAAACGCACGGCCUGCAAACAGAGCCCACCAGGGAUGCCAAAUUUGGGAGUCAACAUUAAGAAGAGAAGACAUGGUGAGGAGGAGAUAUUUUACUUACCGGUCCGUGGUCGUGAGAACUUUGAAAUCUUGAUGAAAAUAAAGGAAAGCCUGGAACUUGUGGAGUUGGUCCCUCAGCAGUUGGUCGAUUCAUAUAGACAGCAACAGCAGCAGCUUCUACAGAGACCGAAUCACUUACAGAGUCAAUCAUCCUAUGGUCCUGUCCUUUCACCAAUAAAUAAGAUGCAUGGAGGGAUUAACAAGCUACCAUCUGUUAACCAAUUGGUGGGGCAACCAAAUCAGCACAACUCAAACACAGGCCCAAACUUGGGUCCAAUGGGUCCCGGAAUGCUCAACAAUCAUCACAUGCAAACCAAUGGAGAAAUGAACGGAGGUCAUUCAUCACAAUCUAUGGUUUCCGGAUCGCACUGCACUCCACCCCCACCCUAUAAUGCGGACCCCAGUCUCGUUAGUUUUUUAACAGGAUUGGGGUGUCCAAACUGCAUCGAGUAUUUCACAUCACAAGGUUUACAGAAUAUUUACCACCUGCAGAACCUAACUAUAGAGGAUCUUGGAGCAUUGAAGAUUCCAGAACAUUACAAAACUAUAAUAUGGAGAGGGAUUCAAGAGCUGAACAAGAGCCACGAUUAUGGAGCCCAGCAGCUCAUCCGGUCAAGCAGCAACGCUUCUACCAUUUCCAUAGGCAGCUCCGGUGAGCUCCAGCGCCAGCGUGUUAUGGAGGCAGUCCAUUUCCGUGUCCGCCAUACCAUCACUAUUCCGAACCGGAGUGGUGCUGAUGACUGGGCAGACUUUGGUUUUGAUUUACCCGAUUGCAAAUCGCGUAAACAGUCCAUAAAGGAAGAGUUUGCAGAAAGUGACAUCAACUAAAAUUAAACGAGUCAGGAAUUUCACAACCUGUGAUGAAGCAGACCAAAAGAUAUAACCUUCUUGAUAAUGCGAGACACAGCAAUGGCAGAACCGUGUGCAGCUCAUAAGUUCAACAGAAAAACAAAACAAAACAGAGACUGUAAUGGUAACUGAGCCAGGCCCAACCCCACCAAAAAAAAAGGUUGUAAUAAGUGUGCACAUUGAGCGGUUAAAACGGCAUGGUAAAUUAAUUAAGGGGAUCAAUUUAGUGGGUGAAACCACAAGAACAAGUGUCUACGUACGAUUGCAUGAAGAUGUUUUUGUAACAAGGUUUUGGGACAAGGAAGGCAUGUCUGGAAACUUCAGUUGACAUAAAAAAGUGAAUGUUGUGUUCUCUUUUAAUUAAGGAUAUCCCCUCUGAGAGAUUCCCUGUCAAUCAUGAAGACCCUAUGGAUUGACACAGAUAAGGGAGACACAUCUAUUUCCAGAUGUCUGCCAUUGGCUGGCAAAAAUAGGACGAAAAGAAUGAUUCUCUUUCCUGAUGAACUGCCAAAAACAAGUAUUUUAAGUGUCUUUUUAUUCUUUGUAUGAUAUUUUCAAAAUCACCUUUCAUGUGCGUUUUUAAUACACAUGUGGAUGAAAGAGAAAGGAGUAUAUAACUGCACCGCAGAGGGUGCUUUAUACGUUAAACAUAGGUCUGGUCGGUCUCAAUUCAGCUGCGUUUUAGGGGCAUGUACAACUGUUAUAUAGAGGCAUUUAAUGUCUGUGACCUACUGGAAUUGUGUAUAUAUAUAUUUACCUCACCCUUAUUCCCAUUUGUUUAUUUGUUUUAUUUAUCUGUAAGGUAAGCUGUUAUGAAAUCAUUCAUUGCAUCUGCUAAAUCCUAGCGUAAUAUCAGGGCUUUACAACUGCUACAGCUGGGAACUCUAAAAUUGGCUCUCCAUUUUUUGCUAGACUACAUAUCCCUGAAAGCUCCUAGAGUUGGCUGGCAGGGGUUCUGGGACAUGAUGUCCUGUUAACAGCUUGAGGACCAAGAUUGAAGACCGCAUCUAGAGACCACCAGCACUUGGAGUGCUAAGUGUCACCUAUCCAGAUAUAUGAUGUUUA